UGCAUGGAUAGGCUUGCCGUUCCAGCGGCCUCCCAGGAUUCAACCCGACCAGCCUGACCGGCAACAAAAGACCAAAACCAAAACAAUGGCAACUUGAUACCAGGAACCCUUAGAACAUUUCGCCUUUCCCAAAGUUGCACCUCUAAAAAUCACCCACCAAAUCGACUAAGCUUUCGAGCAGAUCGCUAAUCAAGUUUGGUAAUGCCUGCAAAGUCGCCACUCCGAGAGCAAGCAGGUGAAACUCCAACUUAUGGGACUUAGUCGCACCUAGGAAUGCCUGACUUAUAAAUCCGUAAGCCUUACAACACCAAGCCUGUGCUCCACAGGUAUGUAUCCACAGUCAACCGAACGUGUGCAGACAUAAAUGCAAUAAGUGGCACACAUUUAUGCAUUAUGCAUGCAAUUCAUACCGGUUUAGUGUUGUCUUUGGGUAUCCAAAUCGAAGAACCUCAACUGUAACUCAUGAAAAUGAAAGGCCAAAAGCCAAGCAAACUAUCAAAAGAAAACAGAAACCGCACUGACUGCGAAAACCGAAUCGGUGAAUGGCUUGGCAGCCGGUGGCAGGCUAUACCCAGAGCUCCCAGGGCUAAUUCUGUUGGAUACCUCGUUAUCUUUUUUAGUAGGCUCGACCAUUUGAUCUGGUAAAUCAAAGCUACACAGAGAUUUUUUUUCAAAUAUUUGGGGGGCCGAUCCUAUGCGGAGAAAACCCAAUAAUUCGCGCAACAGACUAUGCUGAUUAUAAGACAAAACGAUUAAUAUCCCUGGUUGAUUUGCGCAAGUUUCUUUUCGGAUUUCUCCCAACUAAAUUAGUGACACUUAGUGGUAAUGGCUUGAGUUUUCCAUUUCUAUGUUUUCUCGACUUAAUUGCUGAGAAUUGUUGACUUAUAAUGACCCAAGCCGUCACCAUGAAGACAGAUGGAAACGAGGCUCGAUAUAUAUACCGUUUGCGGUCUGGGCAGUACAGAGUAUCUGAAAAUUAGUUUACCUCGGAUGGAGACUUCUAUACUUGUUCGGUCCGAAAUGAUAAUCGACUAGUUGGGCUCGGAGGUUCGGGUAGCCAACAAUUAAGUGAGCUGGAGUCGCAGUCAGUGUGGUUUCGUAGCUGCUCCGUGCACCACCGUGCCGAUCUCCAAAUCUCGACUCCGUUUAUCGCAUUGUUAAAGGCCCGGCUCUAUAGCAAUUAUAGUAAGCCUCCUUCCGUCUUUCAUAAUAGUAGCGAAAGCCAGGCCUUGCAGCAAAGAAUAUCUCGGUGUAGCAUCAACUGCGGUGGGGAGUGGCCGGUCCCAACCAUAAACCUACCCACGAUACCGCAAAGUAAGGCUCGAAGAGAAAAACAAAAGGUGUUUCUCCGACAAAUCGGUGGUGUGGAGAGCUGGCCUCUUGCUGUGCGUUUUGGCCACUGUUUUGCCUGCUCUUGGCUUCUUUCGAUUCCCUGGCUUACUCUUAGCCGAAUGGAGUUGCUUUAAAGACCGACUUGUUCGCGCAGUGCCUCAGUUGUGGCGAUGAGGCCGAGCGCGCUGGUAAGACAUGGUCGCAGCGGAAAGUUGGUCGAAUCUGGGUCUUCAGUCGGGCAGGUGUAUCGCGAGAAAGUUGAAACUGUAACAGGCCAGGCACUCGUAACCGUAACACAGCCCCCAUGAGUCAUCCACUCCAGUGUUUACAUGGCGAGGAGUUGUUCUAGGUGGUCCACGAUCGUAUCGAUGCCGUGAACACAUGUCAUGUUACCACAGAUUAGCAUAAUUGGCUAAUUGCCGAUCUUGACACGUUGUUAACGGACGCAACCGGAGAGAGCGACCUGCGCAGGCGCACCAGAUUCUGGAGAAGAACUGUUACCCAAUUGUCUCCUCCGCUUACAAACGGUUGUGCUGCAUAAAUUACACCGAUUGUUUUGUUUUCGUCGCGUCUUAUACAAUAUCUGAUUUGCAUACCCCAAAAGUUUGAUUGGCUAACCCUCUUUUAUGCGCUGCUUCCACAGAAUGCCAGCAGACACAAUGACCAGUGAGCCAGCGGUUAAUGGCUUUGGGCCCCAGAGCUUGCCAGCGCCAGGAGACGACGACUCGCUAUCCUCGCUGUCGGACAACUUGUCGAUUUGGAUUGACGGCGAGGAGCACUGGAUAUCCGGCGUGGACGCCAGCACCACCUGUGCAGAUCUAAUCUACGCGUUAAUCAGCUACAAAAGCGUUCAGCAAGAUACGUUACCUAAAGAAGAUGCCCUCGCUGUUCGUCUGGGGCUAGAGCCCAGCCAAAAACAUUCCGCCCAGACGCCACAGGAGUUUGCCAUCGUGCAGAAGCAGCGGCACUACGAGGAGUACUUGGACGGCAGUGCCAGGCUCUUUGAUGUUAUCACUAGCCGUCACGCUUUGCCGAAGGAGGAAUGCCAGCUUCAGCUUCGCCACUUGGCCAUUUCAACCCGCAAGCACACCCCGACAACGGAUAAGGACAGUGGGAUGGGCAGUCCAGUGGACAGUUCGCGAAGCAUGCGCUUCCGGCGGCGGGGCAGGCACAAGGUACUACCCUCCACUAAGACCGCGGAAAGCACCAGCACUAAGCAGCCAAAGAGGAGCCGGAAACUACAGCAGAGGAACCACCACAUGACUCCAAACGAGAGUCUGCUGACCAUUAUCCUGGCCCAGGAUGAGACCAUACUCCAGCAGAUGUCCAUGUUGCACGAGAAAGACAGACAGAUUUUGAAAAUCGAGGAGGAAAAGCACCGGGCGCGUGAACGAGAAUUGGGUAAAAACUACCUGCUUGAGACAUAUCUGAAGGACUUGGAUGAGCCCCAAGAAAACGGCCCAGACCUUGAAGACUUCGAAGAGGAAAUACAGAGAUUACAAGAUGAUGAUAAGAACUACCGAUCGCCAAACGAUGGUGACACCGCCAAGGAAGAGAUUUGCCUGUAUUGGCUGGAGAAGAUUCACGCGGUAAACAAGCAACUGCAGCGGGAGGAGGAACUGCUGCUCAGCCUGCACGCCAAGGUGCGUAGACACCAGGUGAAGCGGGCUUAUCAAACGAAGAGCGAGGUGCUACUGCAAAUCGAUAGACUCGAUACAGAGCUAGCGGCUCAGGUGGCGGAUAUCCACCGAGUGGAACGGAAGCUUUUCACGGCCAAUGAACAGCUAAAAGCGAAGCUGGGUGUGCUUGAAUGUUUGGGUCGCGAAUUCGAGACAACGGUAUCCAGAGGCGAUCUAGAAGCCGCUGCCGCUGAAAGCGAGGAAACUGAAGAAGCGGCACUAAGCCCAUCAGAUGAUAUCCACCAGUCUGGGAAUCGGACGCCAGUUUCAAUGGGACACACCAGGCGACGCGUGACGCAGCAAGAACUGACGGACAGGAACUUGAAGGAUCGACUAGUACCCGACAAGGGAUUAUCGAAGCAAAUGUUCAAAGUGAGCAGAUCACCAGAUCCUCCUACCUCAACCGUGCUCAGAAGAAAAUAUUCACUUUCGCAAGUUCCGAAAACGGACAUCCAGCACCUAGGCACCCUCGUUUAAAUUCCGCGAGGAACCUGUGGUGCACUUCAUUCAAGUAUCUCGUUAAACGUAUUUUGAACAUCAGUACCAAAUUUGUGUCAACUAACCAAAUAGAGAUUUCAUUCUUUGUUUAUGUUUAACA